AUGCUGCCCACUUCUACCCUCGACAAGCGGCAGUUAUGGAAUACGCCGCCUACGGAGACGACGACAUGGGGCGAUGCGGCGCACUGUACACCUUUCGUGCUGCCCUCGCGCGGAAUUCUGUCCUUUGCCAGCACGGUCAUCACGCUCUCAACCAAUAUUCUGUUUCAACCUGAAUGUACUGGCGCACCUCUGAAUGGUAUCAGCACCGUUGAUCAGUUCAAGGAUCCCUUCUACGCUUCAACGACACCGCAGACAUAUGUCGUGGCGGCGACCACCAUGAUUGCGUGGGUGCUAGUGGUGAUGCUGACCAUCACGCCGCGAACGAGCUUUCUUGGGAACCCGAGCGCAGGACCUGCUUUUGGGAAUGGUCAUGGGAUCAUCGGAGGUGCAACAGGAGGAGGUACAAACUUGAUCGGUGUGGGAUCUCGACCAUGGCUGCAGAAGAUUGCUGCGCUUACGGUUGCGGUCUCCUUGACGAUCGCGACGGCGGAUACUUUCAGAGAAGCAGAAAAACAGUACAACAGAGGCUACAUGAACGCGAGUACCAUGCGAGAGGAAGUGCUUGGUUCCCUUGAGAUUCGGAUUACGCGUGUGAUAUCUGAUAUCUUUCUCUGGCUUGCACAAGUCCAGACACUCAUCCGGCUCUUUCCGCGACACAAGGAAAAGGUACUCAUCAAGUGGAUAGGCUUCGCUUUGAUCAUCUUCGACUCGCUGUUCUCGUGCCUGAACUCUUUUCUGGUCGACCGAGAUGGACGACUCUCGCGACCAGAGCAGUUUCAGGAUGCCAUACCUGCUCUUUCUUACCUCUUCGAACUUGCCCUUGGACUGCUGUAUGCGGCUUGGGUCAUGUUCUACGCCGUGACCAAGCGUCGAUACUCCUUCUAUCACUCGAAGAUGCGAAGCAUUGGUCUCAUUGCGCUCUUGUCUCUUGUUGCGGUCUUGACACCCGUCGUGUUCUUCGUAACGGAUGUCUCCAACCAGGACGUUGCAGGCUGGGGUGACUAUUUCCGCUGGGUCGGCGCAGCUGCAGCCAGCGUAGUUGUGUGGGAAUGGGUGGAACGUAUAGAGGCGUUAGAGCGAGAUGAGAAGAAAGAUGGUAUUCUGGGUAGAGAAAUCUUCGAUGGAGACGAGAUGCUGGAUGUAACGCCAAGUGAAGAAGCAGUGUGGAGUCAGAGCAGACGAACACGAGACCGGCUGAAACGCGGUAGUGGACGCAGUGAUGACGAUAGAGAUGAUGGAAACCAGACCAGUGCACUCGAGAUGGGGUUCAGUGGGAUGGCGAAGAAAUUGCGUCGUACACAGCAAGCUGCUCUUCGCCAUCACUUCCCUCUCGGACGAGCGCAUUCUUCUACGAAUACAAGCGGUGCUACCACUGAUCCGAAUGCGGCUGCUAGUGGUAACGGCCGUAUCACGUUCGACACUCUACCCAAGCCAGCGGAUUCUCGUUCAUCACAUCAACCGCUGGUCGGACACCCUGCACCGCCACCGGUGGCCAGUCCAGUCAGUCGAGCAGAUACAGCAAGCGCAGCCAGCACAGUGUAUGUGGUGCGAUAUGACACCGCAGCUAAUGCUCCACAACCUGUAAGAAGGAGGCUGGAUCGUGAUGCCAACGGCAAUGCUGCGGCGAAGGAGGGAGAAUUGCAGCAGCACAACGAAAAGAAUGAAGCCACUGGAGAUGAAGACGAGCCAAAGCCUGACAAUGGUCGAAGACAGGAGAAAUGGUAUGCUGUCGCCAAUCCAUUCAAACGGAAACGUGCAUCGCCACCAGCAGAAGUACAACAGGCACGCCAGGCUGCUACAGCUUCGCAAAUGUCAAGAUCUGCGACACCAUCGCAUAAUUUCUCACGCUGGGAUAUCAAGAAUCAACUUGGUGUACUUGCGGCACAAGCUGGCGAGCGUGUACACGAUCGGCGAGCAGGCAGACACCAGGAAGCAGAUCUACCCGUGACUAUCAUCCCGGCGCAGCCAAGAGGUAGCGGGAGAACAUGGAGUCCCGAGGUGCUAGGACGACCUGAGCCAAACCCACGAGGACCCCACGAUAAUCAUGAUGAGCGAGCCGAUAUGCAGCGAGGACAGCAUGAUAGUCCUCUCGGCGGCGGCGAUGCAAUCUCUCCUCCUAUCAAGACCAGGUCUAAUCUCAGCCCUCCGCCUCGCGCCGAUGAUAUCACGCCUGCCGGUGGUCGUAUUAUGAUUGUGCCCGCGCCGCGGAGAUCACCGUUGCGCCAGACGACUUCUGCUCAGGAUAGCCCAGGUCGAUCAUCUGGCAGUACUGGCAGCGAUGCGACCCCUGGCGCAUCGAGGGAUGGCGGGGCUGGGUAA